AUGGAUUUACCUGUACUUUUGAAACCCAAAAUCAAUGAAACAAUUUGUCUUAAAGACAUCGCAGUUUGUCAAACUUUGGCAAACAUUGAUACAAUUCUGUCGCAUAUUUUGCCGCUAAUAUAUCAUCCAUUGUUUAUAACACACUCUUUGGGACCAAUUGGUGGUGAUGUCCGGCAUUUCUAUCGCACGACUGGCGGAGGAACGGAAGGCGUGGCGAAAGAACCACCCGGAUUCAUUGCCCGACCGGUGAAGAAUGCGGACGACACUCUCAAUCUGAAGGACUGGGAGUGCGCUAUUCCUGGCAAAACAGGGACUCCAUGGGAAGGCGGACUCUUUAAGCUUCGGAUGCUCUUUAAGGACGACUACCCGUCGACUCCGCCGAAGUGUAAGUUCGAACCGCCGCUCUUUCACCCCAACGUCUAUCCCUCGGGAACCGUAUGUCUAUCACUGCUGGACGAGGAUAAGGAUUGGCGUCCGGCCAUCACUAUUAAGCAGAUCUUAGUCGGCAUUCAGGAUCUGCUCAAUGAGCCCAACAUCAAAGACCCGGCACAGGCCGAGGCCUACACCAUCUACUGCCAAAACCGUUUGGAGUACGAGAAGCGUGUGAAGGCUCAGGCGAAGUCUAUGACUCCCAGCGAACAGUUGCUGAGACCGAACCUCAUUAGCGGUGGUCUUCGGGCCAACAGGACUCUACUCGAGACCAAUUCAAUUGGGAUCAGGUAUUUGUUUACCAAUGAAAUCUUGGGAAUCGAUGGUUAUCUCCAUACAAGACAACGGAUCAGCUCACAGUUCGGACAGUUAAGAGAGAAAUUCUUCGCCCGAAUGGAAGAGUUCACCACAAAUGACAACAAAAUGGUGUUCACCGAAGACCUCAAGAAUGUUAUCUUUUUGUCCGAAAGUAAUGAACACGAGUUAAAACUGAUGAGCGAUGCCAUCAAAAAGCUUUUGCACCACUUGUCUGAAUGGCAAUUAGCUCUUCAACUCUUUAAAGAUCCCGAAUUGAAAGGAUUUUUUAGUCAAAUUAAAACGACAGUCAUUUUAAUGAAUUUACUGUUCAUUAAUGGUAAAUACGAAGAGUGCGCCGAUGUCUUCAAAUACAUCCAAACCGAGAACCACUUCGAGACCAAAUACCCGCGCGAUUGCCUCCUCUUAUACAUGGCGUCUGUCUAUAAGAUUAAUACGCCGGAAGUGUUUGACGAGGCGUUAGAAGUGCUGAGAAAAGCUCGAGAGGCCGGAGCUGUGGUGUCGAGGAAAACGAUCUGUUUGUUUGCCUCUUUGGCUCUAAACCAGAAUCAGCCGAACACUGCGCUCGAGAUUAUGUCACUCUUGACGCAAACCAAUUACAUUACUGUCAGAAACUUAAGACUUAUGGCUCUCUCGGAUUUGAACCGAUUUGACGAUCUCUUCAUUACACUAAAAGUGUUACUCAAUCGAGACGUUCCCUCAUUGAAGGCCACCACCGGACAGAUUCUCGACGAAACGAUGAACCGAAUUAAGUCCAAAAUGAGCGAAUCUAACGAUCAGAAUGUGGUGACAGAGUUCCAGCAGAUCGAGAGCGGUCUCGUCGAUGGCAAUCACAUAACGACCACUCCAUUGAGUGAUUUGCUGUUAAGUCCGGUAACACUGAGGACAGACCUCCCGCCCAGAGAUGGACAGAGGCAACAGUUUGAACGACAAAGAGGUUUCCGAAACCCCGGCGUUCAACAGACUUAUAGACAACGGCCACAAAGUCGGGCCAACGAAGAUUUCAUCGACUCUCAUGCGGGCGAAUACGUGAAGAAUUUGAAGGAUUGUGUGGCCAUUAAGAGUGUGUCGGCGCAGUCGGACACGAGGGGCGACACGAUUGCGAUGGUUAAGUGGAUGGAAAAGCAAUUGACUGCCGAGGGCUGCAAAUGCCGGUUAGUGGACAUCGGAAAGCAGAAGUUGCCGGACGGCAAAGAACUGCCUCUUCCGCCCGUAUUGUUGGCUGAGUUGGGCUCCGAUGCGAAGAAGAAGACGCUCUGUGUUUACGGACACCUCGACGUACAGCCGGCCGCCAAAGAGGACGGAUGGGAUACCGAGCCCUUUGUGUUGACCGAAAAGGACGGCAAACUGUACGGCAGGGGCGCUACCGAUGAUAAGGGACCAGUUCUCGGGUGGCUUCACGUCAUUCAAGCCUUUCAUAAAUUGAAAAUUGAAAUUCCCGUCAAUUUCAAGGUUUGUUUGAAU